CGAGGUCAAUGACGUCAGAGAGACAGCGACGAAACAAGACUUCUGGCUGCUGAAAGUUUUGAUAAAGUGACGACUCAGGGACUGGGUGACGGAUUGUCAGCGUCCGACUGCACGGUACGGGAUUUUUGACCGCACCCCUUGCACAAUGGAAACAGACAAAAUCGUCGAGGACACAACACCGACUUCGCCGCAGUACCCUAUGACUGUUUUGUGCGACAAUCUACGCAAAAGGGAACACACUGUGCAUUACUUGUCGCAAAGAGACUUGUGCUUGCGCCAGUUUGAGGGAUGGAGCGAACAAGAUCAGAUAGAAUUUGUGGAGCACCUCUUGGCCCGCAUGUGCCACUACCAGCAUGGCCACAUCAACACCUUCCUCAAACCAAUGCUGCAAAGAGACUUCGUCUCACUUCUUCCAAAAAAAGGCCUGGACCACGUUGCGGAAAGCAUUCUUUCCUUCCUCGAUGCCGAUUCGCUUUGUGCAGCGGAACGUGUGUGCAAAGAAUGGUACCGUGUGAUUUCCGAAGGCAUGCUUUGGAAAAAGUUGAUUGAGCGAAAAGUUCGAACUGAUUCUUUAUGGAGAGGAUUGGCUGAAAGACGAGGAUGGAUACAAUACUUGUUCAAGCCAAAACCUGGUGAAACUCACAGAAUCCAUUCAUUCUACAGAUCACUCUUUCCAACAAUCAUUCAGGAUAUAGAUAGCAUAGAAAACAACUGGCGCAUGGGAAGGCACAAUUUGCAACGCAUUAAUUGCCGGUCGGAAAACUCAAAAGGCGUUUACUGCCUGCAGUAUGACGACCAAAAAAUUGUCUCUGGCCUAAGAGAUAACACCAUCAAAGUCUGGGACAGGAGCAACCUCAGUUGUGUCAAAGUCCUCACUGGCCACACUGGAUCUGUGCUAUGCCUACAAUAUGAUGACAAAGUGAUCAUCUCUGGCUCGAGUGACUCGACAGUGAGGGUGUGGGAUGUUGCUACGGGUGAAAUGGUCAACACACUCAUUCACCAUUGCGAGGCCGUCCUACAUUUACGCUUCAACAAUGGAAUGAUGGUUACAUGCUCAAAAGACCGGUCAAUUGCUGUUUGGGAUAUGACCACCCCCACUGAAAUAACAAUGCGAAGGGUCCUGGUCGGACACAGAGCAGCUGUCAACGUAGUUGAUUUCGAUGAAAAAUACAUUGUUUCUGCAAGUGGUGAUAGAACCAUUAAGGUUUGGAGCACAUCUUCGUGUGAAUUUGUACGCACGCUCAAUGGCCACAAACGAGGCAUAGCUUGUUUACAAUACAGAGAUCAACUGGUUGUCAGUGGCAGCUCUGACAACACAAUCAGACUAUGGGACAUUGAAAGUGGUGCUUGUUUGAGAGUACUUGAAGGGCACGAAGAACUCGUAAGAUGCAUUAGAUUUGACAACAAAAGAAUUGUUAGUGGCGCUUAUGAUGGGAAAAUAAAAGUUUGGGAUCUUGUAGCAGCUUUGGAUCCACGGUCUCCUGCAAGCACACUAUGCCUGAGAACACUGGUGGAACAUACGGGGCGGGUUUUUCGAUUGCAAUUUGACGAAUUCCAAAUUGUGAGCAGUUCUCACGAUGACACAAUUUUGAUUUGGGACUUUUUGAACUCGAGCACACCACCUGAGGGAACACCUCAACUACCGUCCAGCGCUUCCUCAAACAAUAACCGCACUCCUUCACCAUUUGAUUGAGGACCAAAUCGACUGACAGCAUUGGUCCUGUGAUACGCCUAGAAGCGCAAAAAUGUCCUAUUGAAUAUUGAGCCAUUGUCUCCAGUGUUUCUCAUUUCCUUGGUUUCAAUUGAAUGCUAAGUAGUAGCUCCUUAACAGUGAAAACAAGUGUGCCCCAUGUGCAUUUUGCAGUUAUUACAUUCCACAAACAUCAACUGAGAAGCGUAAUUUUUACUUAUGGAAUAACAAGUGACUCUUGACUAUUUCUGCUUUUGGGCUUAAGAUCUCAAACUUGAAAAGUGUGCUGUUUAUCUUACAUUAUUGUAUAAAUUUUUUUGACAUGCAAGACAGGUUCAAUUCAUUAAUGUUGCAGCUUGCUAUUGGUGUUUCCCUCUCCUAAUUGUGAUUCAAAUUGAUUAAUUGAUUUUGCCAAACUAUGUGUAAGAUAAGGCAGUAUAGAAUAUCUGCGCUUAAUUUGAUUGUGGUUGUUAAAAAAAAAUCAUAAAACAUAAAACUUUGCUCGCAUAAAUUUUGAUUAAUACUCUCUGGAAUCUUGAAUUCUCAUAAUUAUUUUCUAUGCAUAAACUCUUUAGCGAGCUGAUUAUUAUUAUUUGUGUUGGAUUUUUGUUAUUACUACUGCUAUUUGAGACCUUAGGUAACAAUGAAUUAGAAGAUGUGUUUGUACAUACAUUUAAUAGGAGCAUGCUAGUUAUCACAGUGCAUUAACUUGCAGUUUGGUUUCCUAUUGUGAGAAAAAGAAAUCCAAUCAUUGUGACCUGUGUUCUGAUGUUUAUGCAUUGAAUGUUAUUUACCAGCAAACAAAGAGAAUUUGUCUGGAUAAGAAAUAACAACUUGCUGCGUAUGAACUUUAAAGAAGAGAAUUGCUCUCGAAAGACUCGUCCUUAAAUUGGUUAUUUGGACAGCAUGUGACUUGGAAAUUAAGGAAUAAAUUGUUUAAAAGCAA